AUGGUAACCGCAGCUCUCAACCAGGGCGUCGGCUACGGCAUUGUCCUCGGGUUGGGCUUUCUGUUCGCCAUUGGCAUGAUUGCCACGACCUAUGUCCUCAAACGAUACAACAGGGAGCUGCAGACUUCUGAGAACUUCACCACAGCAGGCAGAACAGUCAAAUCCGGCCUCGUCGGGUCAGCCGUCGUCUCGUCCUGGACGUGGGCCGCCACCCUCCUCCAGUCCUCCGGUGUCUGCUAUCGAUAUGGCGUCUCCGGUCCGUUCUGGUACGCCUCGGGCGCGACUGUCCAGAUCCUCCUCUUCGCCACACUCGCCAUUGAGCUCAAGCGUAGGGCGCCCAAUGCCCACACCUUUCUCGAGGUUAUCAAGGCGAGAUACGGCACGGCUACGCAUCUUGUGUUCAUCGUGUUCGGCCUGAUGACCAACAUUCUGGUUACCCUGAUGCUGAUCGUGGGAGGUGCGGCGACCGUUAAUGCGCUCACUGGCAUGAACACCGUCGCUGCCAUCUACCUCCUGCCCGUUGGUGUCGUCGCCUACACGCUCGUCGGAGGCUUGAAGGCGACCUUCCUCACUGAUUGGGUUCACACCUUCAUUCUGCUGAUCAUUAUCAUCAUCUUUUCCUUGACGGCGUAUGGCCAAUCCGAUGUGCUCGGCAGUCCCUCCAAGGUCUACGACCUCCUCGUCGAAGCCGCCCUUAGACACCCCGUGUCAGGCAAUGCCGAGGGAUCCUACCUGACAAUGAAGUCGCAGGGUGGCGUCGAGUUCUUCGUCAUCAAUAUUGUGGGCAACUUUGGUACCGUCUUCCUGGACAACGGAUACUACAACAAGGCGAUCGCCGCGUCGCCCGUCCACGCCCUUCCCGGCUACAUCCUCGGUGGCCUCUCGUGGUUCGCCAUCCCCUGGCUGACGGCCACGACCAUGGGUCUCUCCGCCCUGGCCCUUGAGAACAGCCCACGCUUCCCGACCUUCCCCGACCGCAUGACGGAAGCCGAGGUCUCCGCCGGUCUGGCUCUCCCCUACGCUGCGGUCGCCCUCCUCGGAAAGGGCGGCGCUGCCGCGACGCUGUUGAUGAUUUUCAUGGCCGUCACCUCCGCCUCCUCCGCCGAGCUCAUCGCCGUGUCCUCAAUCUUCACCUACGAUGUCUACCGCACCUACUUCAAGCCCGACGCCAGCGGCAAGCGCUUGAUCUACAUGUCGCACGUGGUCGUUGUUGUGUACGCCGUCGUCAUCAGCUCCGUCUCCGUAGGCCUCUUCUACAAUGGCAUUUCCAUGGGCUACCUUUACCUGCUGAUGGGCGUCCUCAUCUCCGCCGCCGUGCUCCCCGCCACCCUGACCCUCGUCUGGAAGGGUCAGAACAAGUGGGCCGCGACGCUCUCUCCCAUCUUUGGCACCAUCUUCGCCAUCAUCGGCUGGCUCGUCACCGCCAAGAAGACGUGCGGUGUUCUGGACGUCACAUGCACGGGCUCCAACAGCCCAAUGCUGGCCGGCAACGUCAUCGCCCUUCUCUCCCCCCUUGUGUUGAUCCCAAUCUUCACCUUGGCUUUUGGUCUCGAUAAGUACGACUGGAAGUCGAUGAUGGCGAUCCGCAGGGGCGACGAUCACGAGCUGGCUAGUGCAGCGGGUCUGGACCUGGAGGAAAUUCCCGGCCACCACGAGUCACAGGCAGAAUUCGAGCGAGAGCAGGCGAUGCUGUCCCGCGCCUUCAAGAUCUCUGUCUCCAUGACUGCGUUCAUGACCGUCGCGAUGCUCAUCCUGUGGCCGAUGCCCAUGUACGGCUCGGGCUACAUCUUCAGCAAGCCCUUCUUCACCGGCUGGGUCGUAGUCGGCAUCCUCUGGAUCUUCUGCUCCUUCUUCGCCGUCGGCUUGUUCCCCAUCUACGAGGGCCGCGCGACGCUCAUCCACACCGUCAAGUCGAUGGUUUCCGGCAAGAAGCCGACGCGCCACAACACCACCGUCACGCACGGCGAGGAAGAGGUUGCGGAGAAGACGAGCCCCGGCGCCGUCACACCCGAGAAGAAGGACGAGGGCAGGGAGACUGUCUCGUCUUGA